UGUGAGAGAGAGUGUGUGAGUGUAGCGGAGAGGGCUGGACCUGCUCUCCUGCCUAUCAAAACCAGAUUGCCAGAUUUACACGAUUAUCAACACCCGACCCAUUUAGAAGGAGCUGAACGUUGCCUUGGAAGCGGUGCCUACCUUUACAGCCAAGACAGCACUGUGCAUACCCACCCACCAGCGCCAUUAUUUUUAUCUUGCACCAGUAUGUAUCCAACCGGAGGGAUAUCUGCAACAAUAUACGCCAACAGGCUCCGGGCAGAAGGCAUGGGCACCAAGGAGCAGGCUGUGUUCUUUGCCAACCAGGACUAUGAAGCACUGAAACAAGAAUGUGUGGAAUCGGGCUGCCUGUUUGAAGACCCCUGUUUCCCUGCUGAGCCUCCAUCUUUGGGCUUCAAGGAGCUCGCCCCCUAUUCCUCCAAAACUAGAGAUGUGGAGUGGAUGAGACCCACGGAACUGACAGAUGACCCUCAGUUCAUUGUGGGUGGUGCCACUAGAACAGACAUCUGUCAGGGAGCACUGGGUGACUGCUGGCUCUUGGCAGCCAUCGCUUCUCUCACGCUGAAUGAGAAGCUUCUUCAUCGAGUUGUCCCGCACGGGCAGUCCUUCCAAGAUGACUACGCUGGAAUUUUCCACUUCCAGUUCUGGCAGUUCGGCGAAUGGGUGGAUGUUGUGAUUGAUGACAGGCUGCCAGUUAAAGACAGAGAGCUCAUGUUUGUCCAUUCAGCGGAGGGCAAUGAAUUCUGGAGUGCACUCCUGGAGAAGGCUUACGCUAAGCUGAAUGGCUCCUAUGAGGCUCUGUCCGGAGGAAGCACCACCGAAGGGUUUGAAGACUUCACAGGUGGUGUGUCUGAAAUGUACGAGCUCCGCAGAGCUCCCAGGGAUCUGUAUAGGAUAAUAGGCAAAGCUCUGGAGAGAGGCUCCCUGCUGGGCUGCUCCAUCGAUAUCACCAGUGCCUUCGACAUGGAGGCUGUUACAUUCAGGAAGCUUGUGAAGGGCCAUGCCUACUCAGUCACCGGACUGAAGGAGGUUGAUUUCCGCGGCAAUAUGGAACGCCUUAUCCGAGUUCGUAACCCCUGGGGCCAGGUGGAGUGGACUGGUGCCUGGAGUGACAAUUCUCCUGAAUGGGAUGAGAUCGACCACUCUGAACGAGAGGACUUACAUCUUAAGAUGGAAGAUGGCGAGUUUUGGAUGUCCUUCACUGAUUUCACAAGGCAGUUUUCUCGGUUAGAGAUCUGUAACUUGACUCCUGAUGCUCUGAGUGACGAAAGUCUCAACCACUGGAACACCAUGAAGUUUUAUGGCACAUGGAGGAGAGGCAGCACAGCUGGAGGCUGCAGAAACCAUCCCAAUACGUUUUGGAUCAACCCUCAGUAUAAGAUCACGUUGCUGGAGGAAGAUGAUGACCCAGAGGACGAUGAGGUGGCGUGCAGUUUUUUAGUAGCUCUCAUGCAGAAGGACCGCCGCAGGUACCGGCGCCAUGGUCAGGAUAUGCACACCAUUGGCUUUGCUCUCUAUGAGAUCCCAGAGGAGUACAGAGGCUGCCAGAAUGUCCACUUGAAGAAAAAAUUCUUUUUGACCCAUUCAUCGUGCGCACGCUCAGAAACCUUCAUUAAUCUGAGAGAGGUGAGCACGCGGCUGCGCCUGCCUCCUGGGGAGUACCUCAUCGUUCCCUCCACCUUUGAACCUGGUAAAGAGGCUGACUUUGUCCUCAGAGUCUUCACCGAGAAGCAAUCAGAAACAGAAGAACUGGAUGAUGAAAUCUCUGCUGAUUUAGGAGAAGAUGAGGAAAUAACUGAAGAUGAUAUUGAUGAUUCCUUUAAGUCAAUGUUUGCCCAACUAGCAGGAGAGGACAUGGAGAUUUCUAUUCGCGAGCUUAGGACCAUUCUGAACAGAGUCGUCUCUCGACACAAAGAUCUGAAGACUGAUGGCUUCAGCAUGGAAUCAUGUAGGACGAUGGUCAACCUGAUGGACAAAGAUGGCAGUGCUCGUUUGGGGCUGGUAGAGUUUCAGAUCCUCUGGAACAAGAUCCGGAAGUGGUUGGUCAUUUUCAGACAGUUUGACCUUGACAAGUCAGGAGCCAUGAGCUCAUAUGAGAUGCGUCUUGCUGUGGAGGCAGCAGGUUUUAAACUAAAUAACAGACUGAACCAGAUCCUGGUGGCCCGGUACGCAGAGAAUGAGAUGAUUGACUUUGACAACUUCAUCUGCUGCUUGGUCAAGCUUGAAGCCAUGUUUAGGUCUUUCCAGGAGUUCAACAAGGAGGGAUCAGGAGAGGCUGAGCUAAACCUCACAGAGUGGCUUUACCUGACAAUGUGUGGUUGAAGAGGAGUCUCUAUUUGGAGGAGGGUAUAGAGUAAAGGUACAGACUGCCAUGAACUGGGAGCCCUCAAGAUCCCUCUGCCUUAGCGACCUACUGCUCCUUUAACACAUCCCACCUCAGCACGUAAAUUAGCAAAAGAGCUGUAUAACAGAAAACCAAAGUCCAAUCAGGACUAAAUUUUAGAAACUAUGCAAACCUACAGUAUGAAGCAGUCAUUGUGCCACAUUUAUCUGUCUUCUCUGUACAAACAGCAUGAGUCUGUGCAUGGCAAAAAUCACUAGCUGUAAUGUGCAUUCUAGAAGUUGAUUUUUAUAAUUCUUCCUUUUAGUUUUGCUGUCUGUAUGAAUAUUAACUGAGUUAUUACUAACUGUACUUUUUAUCUUUCAUUUGCAUCUCACAAUAGGCUUAGAGGAUAAAUAAUUACAUAAUUUUUUGAGGUGUUGAGUAUGUUACUGCAGUGCUUUAAAAAGCAAGUCUUACAGUUUUUAUCAGUCAGUCAUUCUGCACUCGUAUUUCCAUUCUCCUUGAUUUUAUCACUGAAAUAUUUUUAACAGGAAAUCACCUCCAGUAUUCUUGGUAGUUUAAUUACUGCACCUGUAGGUGGCAGUACAGACCUAAUCUGAUGUCAGUGAAGUUUUUUUUUUAAUUUGUUUGGCAUUUGAUACUGAAGUUUAACCUGUUUUUAUAUUACACCAGUCUUUUUAUUUAGUUGAAGUCAAGCAGCUGUCCUCAAUUGUUUUCAUUUUGCACUAGGAUUUUAGUUUAAGGAAGCUGUUAGUGAAGAUGCCUCACAUAAGUGAGAUAUUCUGUUAUCAGUUCAUCGGUUCACUCAAGUGAUAUUUGCAGGGAUCACAUGGUACUGAAUGCCUUAUACAUGACACCAUGAUGUUAAAAACUGCUAUUAAAAAUGUGCCAGUCAUGUGUUUUGUGUUGUGAAUGUAUGUUGUGCCUUCAAUAAAUACUUCCCUCAUAGUC